AUGGAUUAUCAGAAUCGCGCUGGCUCCAAGUUCGGUGGCGGUGGUGUCGCAUCACAAUCUGCAACCAAUGCAGACCGUCGUGAACGUCUACGAAAACUCGCCUUGGAAACGAUUGAUCUUGCAAAGGAUCCCUAUUUUUUCAAGAACCAUCUUGGAAGCUUCGAAUGCCGAUUAUGUUUGACCGUGCACCAGAACGAUGGAUCCUAUCUCGCACAUACCCAGGGUCGCAAGCACCAGACCAAUCUUGCCCGCCGAGCGGCUCGAGAACAGAAAGAAGGAAAAGCGCAAGAUGGAGUUUUACCAGGUGCGAUGGGAGUGCAGGUGAAGAAGAAUGUGGUCAAAAUUGGCCGACCGGGUUACAAAAUCACAAAGACACGCGACCCUCUGACGAGGCAGUUGGGUCUGCUUUUCCAGUUGCAAUACCAGGAAAUUACACCAGGUGUCGUGCCGAGGGUCCGGUUCAUGUCAGCGUUUGAGCAGAAGGUUGAUGAUCCGCCGGACAAGAACUUUCAAUAUCUCCUCGUUGCUGCUGAGCCGUAUCAGACUUGUGGCUUCAAGCUUCAGGCCCGCGAUAUUGAUCGUCGCGAAGGAAGAUACUGGACGUGGUUCGAUGAGGAUAGCAAGGAGUUUUGGAUUCAAAUUAUGUUCAAGACUGAGCGCGAAGAGAGAUACAGUGGAGUUCCUGGGUUGGCCCCUCGACCCUAG